UUGUAAACUUAUUCUUUAUAGUUGUCAAAACUCCAUGGAUAUUUUUUUGGUGACUCCCCGAGGAUUUAAUGGACUCUAUUGCUCCUCCACUUUUGUGCCAAGGAAAACAAUGGGUUUGGGUUUUAGGCUGAACCUCAAGUGUGGUUUUCAUGUUCAUAAUUCUCACUGGCAAACCAAUUCUCCUUCCAAGCUUUCUUCAACUUCUGUUAGAGGCAGGGAGGGGUGUUUCAGUUCAGCAAGGCUCUCAUUUCUGUCUGUUAUAUCUGAGGAAUGUGAGAUUUCGAGUAAGGAUCCUCUGAAAGCGUACACGUGUCCAUCUGCAUCCGCGCAGCUCGUAGAUGAUGAUUUCUCAGAAAUGGAAGAGAAGAUGAACAUUAGGAGGAUAUCCAAAAGUGGCUCACUAACCAUGAUUGAUGAUAAAGAACAUAGCUUUAUGUCCAGUGCAGGGUUAAGAACAUCUCAUUUUACCUUGUUACUGCAAAAUCUUAAUGUUUUGGAGGAGACUUUUGCUGAUUCUAACGUGUUACAGUUGGAAAAGGAGAUCAUUAUGCAAUUAGGAAGGCUUGGAGCUCUCAAGUUAUUUGAUAUUUGUCUAUCAAGAACACUUAAAACGUCGAGUUUUAUUUAUUUAUCUGACAUACCUACUGAACCGAUUGAAGAGAAUAAGAUUGAAAGGAAGAAUAUCGUCCGUUCCGGCAAAAAGGAAGAACGGAAAUCAAGGAAAAGACCACCAGAUUCGUUGCCUUUAAAGCCAAUGAAGGAAGGUUUUAAAAAGCCAAUUCCUUCAUCAGUAAGAAAAGCAUCUAAUUCUAGAAGUCGAAGAGUAAUGAUGGCUAAAAAUGAGGCAGAAAUGUCAGUGGGAGUUAAGGUGAUCGCUGACUUGGAGAGGCUUAAAGCAACAUUGGAAAAGGACACCGGUAAAGUACCGUCUUUAAGAUGCUGGGCAGAAGCAGCUGGAGUUGAUGAAAAGGUGCUGCAACAACAAUUGCAGUUUGGUUGGUAUUGCCAAGAUGAGCUUGUAAGGAGCACUAGGUCCUUAGUUCUAUACCUUGCUCGAAACUAUAGAGGACUUGGAGUAGCCUUGGAUGAUUUGCUUCAGGCUGGAUACAUGGGUCUCCUACAGGGUGCUGAAAGGUUUGACCCCUCGCGGGGUUACAGAUUCUCAACCUAUGUCCAGUACUGGAUAAGAAAGUCAAUGUCAAGAUUGGUGGCACAACAUGCCAGAGGAAUUAAAAUUCCUAACACACUAAGUAAGGCAAUAAAUCAGAUACAGAAGGCUCGAAAAGUGAAUUACAACAGCCACAUGAAAUACCCAGAUGAUGAAGCAAUUGCAAAGAUUACAGGUCUUUCCUUGGCAAAAAUCAGAUCGGCUAGCAGAUGUCUGAGAGUUGUGGGUUCGGUAGAUCAUAAGAUAUGGGAAUGCUCAGCUGGAACAUAUAUGGAAUUUACUCCGGAUAUAGCAGUAGAGAGUCCUGAAGAAUCUGUCAUGCGGCAACACAUGAAAAACGAUAUUCAUGAUCUGCUGGAAGGCUUGAAUUCAAGAGAGAAGCAAGUUUUGGCCCUGCGAUAUGGUCUGAACUACUGCAACCCCAAGUCACUUGAGGAGAUUGGAAGGCUUUUUCAUGUGAGCAAGGAAUGGAUACGAAAGAUAGAAAAGAAUGCUCUGACUAAGCUAAGGGAUGAAGAAACCAACAAAAACUUGAUCCAUUAUUUGAAGCAGUGGUAAGCUUCAGAGUAGUCUUAACUGAAACUCGGAAAGUUUCAAGGUUCUGUAUCAGAGCUAGUAGCUAGGCUGUAUGAAUAGUCAUCAGAUAUCGACACUGUCACUACUUUCUGGGAAACAUAAUAGAAUACACAAACUCACCAUCACUAUUGCAGCUGACAACUCUACCAUGGGAAUUUUAGUUUCUCCCACCUGAGGAUUAUAAGGCCCAAUAUGUUAGCAUUCUUUUCAGUUUCCUGGACUGGUAAGGAUAAGUUCAAGUGCAUGCUGAUUGUUCUUGUAGAUCCUUUCUCGGUUGAUUGUAUAGUGCCAUUGUCACUAGUACAUAUGAUGAUAUAAAUACUGUUAUGUACAUAUCAUUUUACAGUUUAUUUAGGAUUUA